ACAGUGAGUGAGCGAGAGAGAAAGAGAGAGAGAGAGAGAGAGAGAAUGCAUUUGUUUCCGUAAUGUGUCCGGUUCCCCGUCGCGCCAUGGCUGCCCCGUACUCUCCACGGGGAGCGGGUGGCGGACUCGAACGCUGCGAGGACGUGCCUGGGGUGCAAUGCCAUGCACCGGAUCCUUCAGUCGAUCUCGCCAGCCCCGCUUGACCUUCUACUGUGGCGCCUAGGGAAACGCGAUGUUUCGAGGCGGGACAAGCGGUGAGCAAUUUCUGUCACAAGCAUCUGGCCAUCCCAACUUGCUCCUUUCUCAUGUCUUGUUCCAGUGCAGGACUCGAUGAUGCUGCUCUACCGCUUCGAACGAUUCCUCUUCCAACAUGUCACGGGUGAUUGGUGAUUGGUGAUUCAUGAGCAGUCAGUCGCCUCGGCUGGUCCACCAAGUCAGCGGCCUUUUCUCUCAAGGUUCGAACUCUCCGGCACAUAGCGCCAUCAAAUUCUAAGAUCCGGAUGAGAGAUGUGGGAGCCAAGAAAGCUAAUAGUCGAAGGCAUUGUAGCACAUGUCUAUUGAUGACUCGAAGGCAAGAAAAGCUUGACCACCAAAUUUCACAUCUUGAAAUAGUCACUUGUGAAUAU